AUGGUGCCUCUGCGACGUCUGGCCUUGGGCAUCAUUUGCAUAUCAGCACAGGCCACCUGCUUUUCAAUUGAUUCCCAGCUGUUUCUGCAAAUCGAUAAGCUGCACGUGCACUCUUUUGUGCCCGACGAGAUCUAUGUAAGCACCAGCGUCGAUCACCUGGAGGCCAUCAACUUCAAUCUGACCAUAAAAGUGCCCUUUGCCGGCAAACUGCUGAUGCAUAUCUUCCUGAGAAAGCUCUCUGACACGCCUGGGGGCUCGGACUUCAGCGAUCUGAUGCGCUUGAGGAAUAUGGACCUGUGCAAGGUACUCGACUCGCUGCGGAAUAUCUCAACGGAUCAUGGCCAAGGGGAGAGUCUGCUGCCAUCCACCUUCUUCAUAUCCUGUCCGCUCGUUCCCGGAUUCUACUACGUGGCGAACAGUGCCAUUGAUGUGAAGUUGGUUCCCUCUCGCGUGCCCGAUGGCAGAUAUCUGGCAAUGCUGGAACUGGUGCAGGUUUACGAGGAGGUCAUCAAAUUGGUUACCUGCAGAAUCAAGUUUAGCAUGACAACCCCGCCGGGGUAUGUAGUGAAAUCAGAUCUGAAUAACAGUGUGGAGGAGCCCCAGCAGGUAGAGCCUCCGAAGGAAGAGCCUCCGAAGGAAGAGCCUCGGAAGGAAGAGCCUCCGAAGGAAGAGCCUCCGAAGGAAGUGCCUCCGAAGGAAGAGCCUCGGAAGGAAGAGCCUCCGAAGGAAGAGCAUCCGAAGGAAGUGCCUCCGAAGGAAGAGCUUCCGCAGGAAGAACCUCCGAAGGAAGAGCUUCCGCAGGAAGAGCCUCCGAUGGAAGAGCCUCCGAUGGAAGAGCCUCCGAUGGAGGAGUCCGAAGAUGUUUCCGAUAGUAGCCUGGAUGACAAUGAAUAAGUUUUGACCAUUCAUAUAUUAUAUCAUUGGUUCCACGCCUUAGACCUGCCGCAACAGUUGACUACGAUAUCUUUCUUUCAUCAUCUUUUCUGUGCGAAAUCAAAAUUUAUUGCCAUCUCCGAAACAGUUUAAACACAAAUUGACACAUCUCCACAUGGCCAGAGCCAGGCCCAUGCCAACUUAAUUGAAAUCCCCAGGGGCAUGGGAAAUAUACCGGUCAGCUACAGGCAGACGACAAUGAUCCAUUGUUACACAGCUGAUACUUGAUAUGAUAUGCAUUUGGUAUACAUUUACUACAAUAUAUGUAUGUAUAUGCAUAUAUCUAUAUCAAUUUACGGAAUGUGUGACAACUGGUGGCAUUGCCAUCUGUUCAUUCUCAAAAUCCAUUAAAUUAACAUAUCUAGAGCGGCUGCGGCUGCGACUGCUGGGCGAAUGUUUCCGGUUUUUCUUCUUCUAGUACGGAUAAGCUGCAACCUCAUCGUCAUGGAUGACCUGGCUUCCAGCAUGACUUGGCACUAAUGCUGGCCUCCGCCCAGCCCAAAACUCGAAUUCAAAAUCGAACGUUUACUUUGCUUUGCUGUUUUAUUUUGUAUUGAUUUAGUGAUCGGAUCUUCACGAUUGAUGGCUAUUAGAAGUGUCAAAUAUUUAUGGAUCUUGAUCUUCACUCUCAUUCUGUCCGGCUAUCAUUUGUUUUAAUUGGCUUGGCCAUUGAUCAAUCAGGCAUGGAAAGGUAAACAAUAUCCGCAAUAUCGUUCUUGAACUUGAAGGUGUUAAAGUGUUUAGAGGGGGCCUAUAAUAGUGAUAACUGAAUGGUGGAAUCUUUUUUGUGUGAUCUCAAUAGUCUUCUUCUUGCCUGACCAACUUCCAGAGUGGCCUUCAGUUGAGCAGCUUUUUCAUUUACUUAGUAUUACUCAGUGUUUAAUCAACGAUCCAACUUAUUCAGUGGACCUCCCCCCCACCCCCUCUGAUAAACAGAAGAUAUGCCACCUAAGUGAACAGGGCAUGGCUUUGGUUUCGGGGCUUUUAGCCGUUGGUUUAGUUUUUGCUGUUUAAAGACGAGCAUAAGUCUGAUUUGCACAGCGACUCGACAGACACGACACCUGCCAGACAGGGCCUUGCCCCCCUCCCCGAUCUGGCCUCUGGCCUGCAGAUGUUUUUGGCCAUGUUUCGUUUUGUUUGGUUUUCUUGUUUUGUGUCUGUCUUUGUUUUGUUUAUGUAUCGCUUAUUUGUCCACUUCUCCACUGCAGUCU